UAACCGCAUGCCUUCACCACCUCACUGCACUUGAUCUAACUUUACCAAACAGGAUCCGGAAUCAUUUAACACCUAGAGAAGAAGAGUCAUUGAUGCGUCGGGACUCAUUUUUGGAGCUUACUUUUACAGAGUGACAGUGAAUGCGUCUGGGUUUUCUGCGACAACUGCUGCUGUCAACAGGUGUUUGGGCACGCGCCACACAGAAAUCCAAUAUGGCAAACGCAGUAGGAGCAGCAGCCUCAGCUCUUGGGGCCGUCGUUGCAGCCAGUGAAGCCAUCGCUGCUGCUGCUCCUACCCAUCGCCAGUGCAAUGUCGAGAUCACUAAUGCCUGUAAAAAGUACAGCCUCUGUAAUCCCAGGAUGCACCUUUACAGCGGACAGUGUGUGAUACCUCAGUCCCCCUUCGUUGACUCUGGAACAUCUGAUGUUGCUGUGUUUGUCAAAACCCCUCACACAGCAUGUGGAUCUGUUGGCGUCAUCACGUAUGAUCUCCAGAACAACAAAACAAAGAAGAGCACUGGGAAAAUGGCCAUUAUGUUCUCUGUGCCUUAUGACUUUAAUAUUUACUCCAAUGUGUAUGCAGUGGGAAUCUUUGACAAACGCAAAGAGUGUAAUAAGGCACUUUAUGAUGAGAUGAUGGAUGGAUCACCUGCAACAUUUGCCAGAAAGGAAGCAAGAGAGCCAGGAAGUCUCAUUUAUAAAGGUGGUACUUUUACCAUCAUGGCUACAAUGUCAGACGCCUACCAACCUGUCAUAAAGCUGCGAAUUUUUGAGACAAGUUAGUGACCAAACAUAAACAAUGUUGGUUACAGAACAAAACACAUUUAUCAUAUAUAUGUUGUCUAUCAGGGCUAAUAAUGUGAUGUAAUAGAACAGUUUGUCAAAGAUUGGCACUGAUGUGGAAAACUUUAAACAUUGUUCAGAUGAUUUCAUGACACUUUUCUUUCUCUUUGUCUCUUGUUUGAUUGUAUUUUUGCAUUAAUGUCCACACUUCAUGCAUUGCUUGUGUCAUUGAAGUGUUUUUGCACCAACAAUAAAGAUAUUACAAUUGUGGC